AUGAUUAUUAUUAGCUACGUCGAAAAAAUAGUUAUUUUAAACUCAGGAACUCUAGAAAAGAUUCAAGAGAUUUUCAUGUCUCAAAAUAGAUUUGGCACCUUCUCCAUGACUAAUGACGAAAAAUUUAUUCUGUUCCCAAAUAGAGAAAUCCUACAUUUCUACGAUUUAAGUAGCUUUAGAGACAGAGAAACAGUGAACGUUGAUUUUCAAAUAAUUUUUAUUACACAGAGCAUAAACAAUAGCUUAGUUUUUAUUAAUGGGGCAAAUAGACAGUUUUAUGUGUUGGCUUUUCCUGUACUUGAAUGAGAAAAGUCAACAAAUAUUACUAGAGCCUCUAGAUAG